GCAAACCCGAACUCUUUAAAACGGCGCAGGACCGGUGCAGGUAGAUAUCGUCAUCCUAUAGCCAUCGAAAUACGUUCUUCCGGAGGCCACAUCCGCUGCCAGGCAAAGUCUUGUUGAAAUCAGCAACAAUAACAGCUAGCUUUAAUCGACAGAGUCAGACUGCGCCUUGUUAGUCCGCUAACGUUCACUCGUUAGGUUAGCUAGCGACACUGCCGAACCUCUCAUAUGGGGUUAUAUUUCUCUCGUAAGGGGUCAUUUCCCUCAUAUGGAGUUAUAUUUCUCUCAUAAGGGGUUAUUUCGUCCUCUGUAAGAGUAGUACUUCCAUAAUUAAUUCUUUGAUAUUUUAAUUAACUUUCCAGACAAGUUAAUUUGACAUGAGUUACUCUGCAUUCCUUCUCCACCGACCGACCGUUGGACUCGCCUGUGACGGAGUUAUCAGCCUGUCUUUUCAACAGUCAUGUCAUCACCAUUUCCACUUAUCCUAGUCUGCAUGGCUGUGCUCCUGGAGACAUUUAUACGCUGCACGUAUUGCUGUCGGUGCCCGCCGGACACGCACACAUCGCUGGAAUGGCGGCAGACGUCCACAAUAAGGGAGGAGCGACCUGGGACACAGCGAAAGGAGGCCUGGCAGCGGUGGAGCGCAUGCGCAGUGACAGGUCGGACAGCCCGACCCCGGGACUAGUGGAAGGGACCGAACCAGGCGCAGGCCAGGAGCACACCAUGUUUGUCCAUGCCCAGUCCUUCGAGGACCUGACCGCUGACAGCGAGAGCAACCCCGACGCAGAGCUGACGGGUAACCGUCGCUCUGCCGUGGGGGAUUCGGAGGAGGUACAGGAGGGGCAGGGGGUGGAGCUGCAGGGAGGCAGCACAGGCAACGAAGCCGGGGAGCAGAAGCAGUGGGCGGGGCAGCAGCGUGGCCUGCGCCCGGCGAGGGAGGAGGAUGUUACGGGCGAGGCGUGGCGAGCGCACCGCAAGCACGUGUUCGUACUGAGCGAGGCGGGCAAACCCAUCUACACCCGCUACGGCACGGAGGAGGCCCUCUCCACCAUCAUGGGAGUUAUGAUGGCACUCGUGUCCUUUGUCGAAGCUGAGAAGAACAUCAUACGCUCCAUUCAUGCUGACGGAUACCGUGUGGUCUUCCUGCACAAGAGCCCGCUAGUUCUGGUGGGCGUGUCGCGCUCAAGCCAGUCAGAGCGCGAGCUCUCGCGCGAGCUCCAGUACGUCUACUACCAGAUCGUGAGCCUGCUGACGCUCACGCAGCUCGACCACGUCUUCCGGCACAAGCAGAACUAUGACCUGCGGCGGCUGCUCGCCGGCUCUGAGCACCUGACCGACAACCUGCUGCGGAUGCUGGAGUACGACCCGGGGCUCCUGCUGAACGCCGUCACCAGCCUGCCCCUGGCCAGCGUGGCGCGGGACGCCCUCUCCGCUGGCCUGCAGGUGGCCCGUGCCAAGAGCCUGGUCUUCUCCAUCCUGCUAGCCGGCAGCCGAUUGGUCACGCUGGUGCGGAAGAAGGACCAGUACCUGCACCAUAUGGACCUGCACCUGCUCUUCAACCUGGUGGGCUCCUCGUCAUCCUUCCGCGAGGGCGAGGGCUGGACACCCAUCUGCCUGCCCAAGUUCAACACGGCGGGCUUCUUCCACGCCCACAUCUCCUACCUGGAGCCUGCGUCUAACCUUUGCCUGAUCCUGGUGUCCACGGACCGUGAGGACUUCUUCAACCUGUCCGACUGCAGGCGCCGCUUUCUGGAGCGUCUGCGCCGCCGCAGUGCCUACAAGGCCCUGCAGGAGGCGCUGCAUUCGCCCACCUACCCUGUCUCGCAGGUCGGAAUCCCGGAGCUCUGGCACUUUGUGUACAAGUCGAAAAGCUCGGGGCUCUACACCAGCCCAGAGCUGCCUGUGCCGUACCAGGGAGAGGAGGAGCAUGAGAGGCUUAUAAGACUGUACCGGUACCUGCACAGCUGCCUGCAUCACCCCACAAGGCCCCUCCGCUCAAUGUACCGGAGCGGGAACACGGAGAACCUCUUCGCCUGGGCCACCAGUGGCUUCGAGCUCUACCUCUGCUUCAGUCCUCUGGGAACGAAAGCGCUCGCCAUGUCUGCUGUGACCAAACUGCUAAAGUGGAUCAGGAAGGAAGAGGACCGCCUGUUCAUCCUCAACCCGCUAACUUACUGACCCUGCAGUGGACGCACACAAACUGAGUCACAUAGCAAACCUGCGAUGAGGACACUAAUCUACAUCAGUGAAAGCUACAGGACGAUCACCCCAUUUAAAUCUCACCCCCCCCAACCUAUCGACUCUGUGCUGGAUUCUAUGUCCAUGCCAUCUAGACCAGCACAAACGGCUAGAGAGUCACCUGCUAGCCUUCUGUUAUCUAUUAAAGUUGCCUGUUUGUGCUGGACAGGAUCCUAUACAGACUGGAAGAGGUGUCAGUCAUAGCAUAGACUGUGGCCGAAGUCUGGGGGGUGGGGGUGGGUUACAGUCCCUAACCAUAUUACAUAGUCUUUUCAGACCUUAGACUGCAUGAGGUAGUCCAAGCACUUAAAAAACAGUAAUACCCAGCAGGGGUCACUACAGGAGCUGUGGACAAGAUAUGUGGUUUAUUGCUUUGUUUUGUUUUGUUUUGUUUUUUAACUUCUCAAACAUGAAUAAUUAUCUUUUAAAAUGUCACUAGUUUACAAGCGUUAGUUUCAUGGCAUUUGACCUGCAAGCCACUGUAAGCAAGGGAUCUCCAACUUCCUGCCUGGCUGGCUACCGUUGUACAGAGUUUAGCUCUGAUUCAGCCCUAAAAUUAUACACAGUGGGUAUAACGUAUUCAGGACAUUUUAGAGCCAUCAUGCAUACAGCUGGACCAAUGUCCACACCAGUGAAAUAGUUGAAAUAUGUAAAGGAAACAAAAAAAAAACGGUUUAACUCUGCUCUAGGAAAAUGCAAUAUCAAGUUGAAUUGGCAAAAAAAAAAAAAAAAAAAUUCCAAAAUGUCCUGCUUUUUCCUGAUGGUUACUCAUGGCAUCAUGGCUCCUGUGUAUCACUAACACACUAAUAGCCAAACUCUUGCCUUUUUGUCAUUUUAGGUGUCUUAGACCUGCCACUGUUCUGACCUGGUGCAACAUAUCAAAGCAACUGUCUUUUGCAAGCUAAGCCACUGUGAUAUCGAAAUAUUUCAGCAACGUUUCGUCUCGCCAUGUAACUGUGUGCUCUCCAAGCUCAACAGAACUCCCUGACCAAAGCAGCUUCCUUGAUCUUAAUGCCUUACCUUCUCCAGCUAUCCCCUGUGCUCAGAAGAUUGAGAUUGGCCCAAUCAGUUGGGGCUUUGGGUUGGAAGGAGUGUUGCCAGUGGCAAAAGUGUCCAAUGGCGGGAUGGACUCCACCAACCCAUAAUUCUUCACUCCCUGUCUUGGAUGGCCACGGCGAGGCACUGCACACUGCCGUGUCUGCACCGAUGUGCCCGACUUGGCCAGUCUGCCUGUCAUCGAGCUGAAUCCUGGCACGACGGAGCAGCAAGAACACUGAACUGUGCGAUUCUGGCAAGCUCCAGGACUGAGAGUGAACAGCAUCGGACCAAAUGAUCCAAAUACUUCACUCCACAGAAAUGGUUAAAAUUCAGUGAAUUCUCACUCCGCUUUGUCCCAAGUUAUUUAUUAAUGUUUUGACAACAAUGAUGUCUCCACAGGAAUCAUACUGAAGUUUCCUUUGUACUACAGGUAUUCUAUGAGCCUUUUAGGAUGCACAUCCUAAAUGUCUGGAAAAACUUAUUGUAUCCGAGUGAGAAUUUUUUGUUUUUCUAUCUGAAAGCACAGGUAGUGUAACACAGGGUUGGAAAGCACUGCUGUGCAGGUUGAUCACAGUAGUAAGAAGUGUUCAUUUCAUUAAAGCAGAAGGCUAUGAUGUUGGCUGACAAGUUUUUGCUGCUCAUCUGGUAGAAUCUUGGUCCAGAAUCCGCACCCAUUAUUAUUGUGUUGUGUUACUCCUGUACAAUGGUUUCUGAGGCAUUCUUACAGACAUGCUUAAACAGUCCAUCGCGGAUUUGUUCUCUCUCCCUGUCUUAGACAGUAGAGGAGCAGGGUACCUCACGCGUGACAAUGGCCAGCAUGGCAAACAACUGUCAUGUAUCACUGACAUUGUGCUUACAACCUGCUUUUAAAAUGUAACAAAUAUUCAAUAAAAACUUAUUUAAAUAUA